UCCCAACAGCAUUAAUGGAAGGUGUGACUGGCUUCGACACAGCGAGUAGCAGAGUGUGUGAUGUACAUUUGGCGGGAUUGAGUUUAUUUGCUUAACUUUGUGAACCUUCAGUUCAACUGGGCUUUCUCAUCUCAUAAUUUUUUUUUUUUUUUAAAAUUAUAUAAAAGAAAGGUAUGGUUUAACCAAUCUGAUGAACGGAGGAAAUCAAAAUGAUGCAUCAAUUCUUCUUCCCUAGUUUAUUUCUUUUCAUUUGUUCAGUAUUGAUUUUUUUUUUUUUUUUGGUAUGUAGAUCUAUAUCGUGAUUCAAUAUUUAGUAGUAGAGCAUUUUGCAAUGCCUUCAAUGGGCAUGAAAAACGCCUUGUCAUCUUCUACUGUCCAAUGGAAAUAUGAUGUUUUCAUCAGUUUUAGAGGAGAGGACACCCGCAACAAUUUUAUGGAUCAUCUAUAUAAUGCUUUGAGAGUGAAAGGAAUUAACUCUUUUAGAGACAAUGAGAAACUUGAGAGAGGAAAACCCAUUUCACUAGAGUUAUUGAAAGCGAUAGAAGAGUCGAGAUUUAGUGUUGUCAUUCUCUCAAAAGACUACACAUCUUCACAUUGGUGCUUAGAUGAACUUGCAAAAAUCAUUGCUUGCAAGGAAGACAUGGGAAUGAUAGUUUUGCCUGUUUUUCACUAUGUGGAGCCAUCUGAUGUACGGAAACAAAUGGGAACUUUUGCGCAGGCAUUUGUUAAACAUGAAGAGGAGGAGGAAAAAACAAGGGUGGAGAAAUGGAGAGAUGCUUUGAGACAAGUGGGCAACCUCACCGGAUGGCAUUUAAAGGAUACUAGGCCUGAGUCACAAGAUAUCCAAGAAAUCGUGGGUUGGAUAUCGAUCAACUUGAAAUAUGAUCCAUUCCCAUAUAUUACCAAGGACCUAGUAGGGAUAUAUUCUCGAUUGGUAGAAUUGGAGUCAUGUUUAGCUCUAGGUUCAAAAGAUGUCCUCUUUAUAGGGAUUUGGGGGAUGGGAGGGAUCGGUAAGACAACUCUUGCUAGAGUUGUUUAUCAUAUGGUUUCUAAAGAAUUUGAAGCUCGUGGUUUUAUUGAGGAUGUUAGGGAAAAGUUUGAAAAAUAUGGUUGUGUUAAACUACAAAAGAAAAUUAUUAAAAAGGUUUUGAUGGAUAAGAAUUUGAAAAUUGAAGAGGAGUGUGAUGGAGUUCUCAAGAUUAAGAAUAGGUUAUGUCAUAAAAGAGUUCUUCUUGUUCUUGAUGAUGUACAUGAAGUGAAACAAUUAAGAAUGUUAGCAGGGGAGCGUAAUUGGUUUGGUCCGGGUAGUAGAAUUAUCAUAACAACAAGAGAUGCACAUGUGCUUAAAGCACGUCGAGUAAAUGAAAUAUAUGAAGUUAAAGGAUUGAAUGAUGAAGAUGCUCUUCAACUUCUUUGCUUGAAAGCUUUGGAAAAAGAGCAUGACCUUGAUGAUUGUAUAGAGUUGUCUAACCAUUUUUUGAAUUAUGCUAGUGGCCUUCCUUUAGCACUUGAGGUUUUGGGUUCCUUUUUGUGUGGAAAAAGUACUGUUGAAUGGAAAAAUGCAUUAGAGAGACUCCAAAAAUUUCCUAACGAAUCAAUUCUCCAAGUACUUGAAAUAAGUUUUAAUGGACUCCAAAAAUCACAGAAGGAAAUAUUCUUGCAUAUUGCAUGCUUUUUUAAUAAUCAGAGGAAAGAUUAUGUAUUAGAAAUACUAGAUAUUCUAGGCCUUUACCCUAUUAUUGGAUUGAAGGAACUCACUGAUAAGUCUCUCUUGAAAAUGAUGGAUAAUGAUGUAGUGUGGAUGCAUGAUUUACUUGAAGAAAUGGGCAAGAACAUAGUUUGUCAAGAGUGCCUUGAUUAUCCUGGGAAGCGUAGUAGACUAUGGGAUUAUGAGGACAUUAACGAAGUGUUAAAAAAAAAUAAGGGGACAGAAGCACUUAAAGCCAUGGAUAUUGCGAGUACUUGUAAUGAACAACAAGAUGGAUGUUGGAACCCUGAGGCCUUUUUGAAGAUGGAUAAUCUUAAAUUUCUUAGAAUUUAUGGCACUCUCUAUGUCCACACACCUUCCUAA